AUGAUUUGCAGACCUCGACUAAUGAAGGAACAACAUGACCUAUAAAAGUUAAAUGACCCCACUAUGAUUAUUUAAGUCAACGAGACUGAUCUACUAAAUUGGUCUGUCUACUUAUUCGGUCCAGAAGACACUCCAUUUGAGAAUGGAAUCUUUAAAAUUAAAGUUUCCAUUCCGCAAAAUUAUCCAAUCUCAGCCCCUACACUUCAUUUUCAAACAAGAAUAUUUCAUCCUAAUGUUCAUAUGGACACGGGAGAAGUGUGUUUAGAAGUACUCUCCUAAAAAUGGGAGCCAAGAUGGACAAUUGAAAGUAUUAUUCGAGCAGUUAGAUUAAUGCUCUAAGAACCCAAUCCAGACAGCCCGUUGAAUUGUGAUGCAGCAAAUUUACUUAGAGCCAAUGAUCUAAUUGGAUACAAAUCAAUUGCUCAAUAUUAUACUAAAAAAUAUGCUAUCGAUAAACAUGAAUAUAUGAAUAAAGUGAAUGCAAAAGACAAGAAAACUUAAUGA